CAUUUAGCUUAUUGUUAAGCCACAUAUGAUGUUCCCUGGAGCAGUCGCCAAUACGGAACUGCAGCAAGCUGCUGCAGAUAAAGUAAAAAACGACGUUGGAACAUUUGUCUUGUUUGGAUUGUUGAUUGAAGCAGUUGCGAAAAGAUGGUUGAAUACUAAUAUCUUGCAAAGAUGCUCGACACGGAAUCGUCUCAUUCUGUAUACUAUGUCAUUAUGGCUAAUAAAUCUGAUCCAUAGCUGUUGCACAUGUGUUCUCGACAUGGAGACAGAUCCCCAGCUAGCACGAUUUCUCCAGCAGCUCCAGUCAGAAACGCAAAGGCAGAAGUUCACUGAACAGGUACACACACUAACCGGACGAUGCUGGGAUGUUUGUUUUGCCGACUCCAAACCGCCUAGUAAGCUUGAUGGCAAAACAGCCACAUGUCUUCAGAACUGCGUUAAUCGGAUGAUUGAUGCCAGCAAUUUCAUGGUGGAGCAUCUUCAGAAGAUGGAAAGCAGUAAAAUGUCAUAAGAGCCCAGAAUUGUCUUUCUUUAACGUGCAUUAGCGUAUUUGUUAGUCAGCGUUUACCAAGUAAGCUUUUUGGAGAUAGUUGUUUGUUUAAUUUUGUUGUUUAUAUGUUUGCAAGUUGUAGUUGUUAUAAAGUUUAAAAUUA